UAUCCGAACGCGUCGAAGCGAGGGCUUCUUUCCCCAACGCGCCAUCCUCGUGUCAUCGAAAUCCGUUUUUCUUCGCUUUAGAGAAAGACAGCGUCUCGCCUGAUAUAUUACGUGACGUAACUUGUUGCGUUUGUUGAGUCCGGCGGGCCUCGUGCGGCGGAAGAGGCAGCACGGGAUGUAACGGUUCCUCGGCCGCGGCGCAGGGGAGGCGGCGAGGCGGCCACGCGCUCGCUCGCCGACGCGCAGAGCCAGCUGCUCCGAGCCCGGCGCCGAGCAGCGAGCCACGCGGUCGCAGUGCGUCUGGAGCAGAGGCCCCGAUUCCUCUCUCGGGAGAAAAGACCUCGGAGUAUCCAGAGUUAUAUAAAUACUAGAUUCACGGAAGCCAACAAAAGUCUUCUAAAUGGGGAAGAAGUCAAAACCUUCUGUGGCUCCUAUGAUGGAGAUUUUAAAUGAAAAUAAGAAAAAGAAAAAGAAGAAGCAUACUAGUGAACCAGAAGAAGUGCCAGUUGAACCAGUAAUCCAAGAGAAAUCUAAAAAAAAGAAGAAAUUAGAUAAUAAUCUCAACAUAGAAAACUCUCCUGUCAAGGAAGAUGCGCCAUUAGAGACUGAAGAAUCAGGAGCUGAAAUGCCGGCUGUCAAAAAGAAGAAGAAGAAGAAGCACAAAAAGGAAGGACAUGAUGAUAGCCUGAAUGAUAGUGAGAAUAUGACAGAUUUUCAGAAGUCUCCCAAGAAACGGACAUCAUCUUCUGAGGUAAAAUCUCCACCUAAGAAAAUGAAGAAAGACAAGAGUAAGGCUGCUGUUGAUGAAGAGGAGGAGGAAAAGGAGCCAAUUAACAGUAAUGAAGCAGCACUUGACCUGUGGACGACUGAGGAGAAGUUGAUGCUGAUUUCAAAAAUGCAGGAAAAGCUGCAGCCAAACGACAAAAUCAGUUACAGAAGAAGAAUUGCUGGUUCAAAAUGGAACUGGAAUGAUUUAACCUUUGGAAACAAGACUGCCAAAGAGUGUGAAGAACAGUUCCUUGAGAUUAUUGACAGCAUUAAUAAAAUCAAAACACUGGAACAGAUAUUGACCGAAGCAGAGCAACUGACCAGAUCAGGAGGGUUACGAAAGAAGAAUCUGAAUGCAUUCCAGUAUUUCAUGAGGGAAAACACCCAGACACUGAAGACAGGUGGCAAAAAUGAAAACCUGCGUGGUAGAGAAUUGUUCUCGGUUCUGAUUAACAACUGGUACAGUUUAGAUGAAAGUGAAAAGGGAAGAUACAAAACCUUGGCAAAAGAAGAAGCAAGUUCCAAGGAAGGUCAUCCAGUAUCAUCUCCUAGACUGCCAUUUGAGAUAUAUUAUAGCAUUGAAAGUGAAAAGAUUGGAUCGAAGAACAAGCAGCUGAAAGCCGAGUUGAGGACCAAAUAUAAUGCAUUAAAGAAGAAAACCAAGUUGAAGUACAUAGAGGAGUCCUUCAAGGAAUUCCAUAAAUAUAAGAUAGAGGUAGCUGAAUAUCUAAAAAUAAACCCAUCAUAUAAGACAGUGAAGAAGUUUCCCAAUAAAGAAGAAGCUGAGCUCUUUUUGAUAAACCACUUGAAGAUGCCCAGAGAGCCCCCAUACCAACCGUCAACUGCCUAUUAUCAUCAGCUCAUGGAGGAAGGGAAGCUUGAUGACCUGCCUGGCAAGGAAAGGCUGAUUACUGCAACACGACAGUUCGCUAAUCUCCCAUUAGCAGAACAAACAGCUAUCACAGAGCAGACAAAGCAGAGGUAUGAAGAAUACCGUGAGCAGGUGGCUCAGUGGAAAGAACAGCAAGAUGAACAUAUAAUGGAUAUAGUUAAUCGUUACUUCCCGGAAACCACCAAGAAAGCAAAGAAAGAAAAAACCCCGAAAGUUAAAACUAGCAUGAAUAAAUUUGAAAAUGUGCAAGUCACUGCCAUGAACGCUCCCAAAUUCAGUGAAUUACCCAAGAAGCCUCCUCGAACUGGAUUUUUGUUGUUCAGUGCUAAAUUUGAACACAAAAUGAAGGGCAAAUUUUCAGAUGUGAAAGAGAGGAAAGAAAGCUGUAAGGAUUACUGGAAUAAAUUACCUGAGGAACACAAACAGAUUUACAGGAAUCGGUCUAGGGAGUUGCAGGAAGAAUAUAAGAGCAAUUUGUUGGAGUUUGUAGAAAAUCUGGAAGAGGCUGAACGUGUCAUGUACUUGGGACAUUACCGCAAACAAGUCAGAGCCUACUUCUGUCGUGAUAUAUUUGAGGAGAAAUACCCUAAUAAAGUAUAUCCAGUAUAUAUUUCAAGCCCAAAGAAAAAAGUCAAAAGCACAGUAAAUGGUGUGACAGUAAAAGACGAAGCAAUAGAUUCGGAUGAAGAUGAGCUGCCUGUUGCCAAGAAUAAAACAAAAGGCAAGAAAGUAGAACAAGAAAUCCAAAAUGCUUUAAGCAGUUCGUCAGAUGAUUCUUCUGAUCAAGAGGAAGAAGAAGAAAGUAAUAAUGAGAUGAAAGAAACUUGGCAUCAACCCCAGAUGAAAAGACAAGAGGCUUCGGACUCAAGUGAAUCCAGCUCAGAUGAAGAAGUUGCCACUAUGCAAAGAAAAACCAUCAAAUCUCCAAAACAGAGGCAACAGCAGAGUAACCAUUCUGAGGUUCGUGCAAGUCCACCAAAGAGACAGACACCAGCUAAAGGAAACACCAGAUCAAAUUCGAGUGAAGACAGCAGCUCAGAUGAAAGUGACAUUAUAAAACCAAGCUGGAGGACUCCUACACAGAAACCUUCAAUUCAGAGAGAUGAGAGUUCAGAAGAUUUUGAUUCGGAUGAUUAAAAAAGGGAAGAAACGUUGGUGCAGAAAGCAUGGAGUCAGGUGUAGUACACAAGAUGUGAUAAGACAAGUUCAUAAAUGAGCAUUUAGUUGUAAACUUUUUUUUCUUCCUUUUUCCCCUUUUAUUAGAUGAAGAAAAAAUGCUAGAAUGACAAAUUAAAUUACUCCUUAGUUGUAACACUUUUUUUCUCCAGUAUAUCCAAAGCUCUUUUAUAAAAUCAUCAUUACAGUUUUAUAAUGAAAUCACUUUUGAUACAAGUACUUCAGUUAUGUUUGUGAAUGUGGAGUUCUUUGUAAUUUUUUUAAUGAUUUUUAUAAUUCAUUAUUAUUAUUAUUGUUAUCAAUAGAAGUAAGAGUUGGUAUUAGUUUCAUAACUGAGCACAUUUGUUCUUACAUUUGUGUUUUGAAUAAUAUUUUUUAUUGUUUUGUUUAUUUCAAACAGUAUGCAAAAAAUACAACAUUAAUAUGUUACUGUCCUUGUCAUAUGAUGAAGUUUAGUUUGUUUUUAAAUAUUAAGAAAUAAUUGAUUUCCAGUUUUUUGAUAUCUGUUUGUUCAUUUGUAAACAUUAAAAAUAUUGAUUUCCAUUUUAUAUUUAGUUGUGAGUUUACCUCAAUCCUUUUUAUAUACAUUAUUAUUUAGUGUAUAUGUAUUCAAUGAUUGAAAGCUUUAAAAUCAUUGAAAUCCAUUUUUGUCUACAUUGUAAAAAUGCCAUUUUUUUGGACAUUUGUAAGAGAAAUUGUAAGUUUGUUAAGAAAUAAAAAGUUUUUUCUU